UCCCCCUGUUCAUUCCUGUCCAGCCUCGGCGUCCCGCUCCCAUGUUUUGAGCCCGCUGCAGUUCACCAUGUCCACCGGGUCUCUCAGCGACGUCGACGACGAGCUCCUGGACGGCAUCCUGAAGUUUGGCUCCUCCGGUAAAGACUCCAGCGAGAGCACGGAGGAGAGCUCCAACGGCGAGGGCACAUGCGCAGACGACGCGCCGGGCAAAAAACGGAAAACAGCGUCCCGGAAAAGCGCACCCAAGGGUGUGGCACAGCAGGAGGGAAAGCACGGGCAGAGAAACGCGGCCAACGCCCGAGAGAGAGCCAGGAUGCGUGUCCUGUCCAAAGCGUUCUCCCGGCUGAAGACUACCUUACCCUGGGUACCAGCGGACACCAAGCUCUCCAAACUGGACACACUUCGCCUGGCGUCCAGUUACAUCGCGCACCUCCGCCAGAUAUUGGCCAACGACAAAUAUGAAAACGGAUAUAUCCACCCCGUUAACCUGACGUGGCCUUUCAUGGCUGCCGGUAAACCGGAGAACGAGUUGAAGGAGAUGCUGAACACGACGAGGUUAUGUGGAACAACGGCGUCCUGACGAAACCAAGCGGACUCGUCCGUGCAGGUUUUUUUUUUUUUAAGGGACGUUAAUUAUCCAAGUCAAGAUUAUGACGGACUUGAACGUCUCAUCUCCGCAGACUUUGAGUGGGAAUAACGGAGAGAGUAAUCCGGUCUCCUUCGUUCCCGUAAAGACAAUUUGAUUUUUUAAAUUUAAAUUAAUUCUGUCACCUAUCGUUGUCUUUGCUGGUUCAAAGAAACUGCGUGCUUUUAUUUUGCUUUAUUUUUUUAAAAUACUCUGCAGAUGCAUUUGUACUCCUGCAGGCCUGUUUUGGCGUCUGCAUUACGAAGGAUGGAUGUCCACAUGAAACUUGUCUACUGUCUCAAAUUGUAUAGAUUACAUGUAUAUAAAAUAUAUUUGUACCACUUUUA